CGGCCUAAAUACUGUCCCAAUCCGGGUACCUUGGUGACAACUGGGAAACGACAGAUUGGAGUGAAUGUCUCCUUUGGUCAUUCGGUUUAUACCUGACAUGCUGCAUUGUUAUAAAUUCUCCAUUGUUUAAAAUUAAUGUUGAAAGGAGUGUGAACCGAGGGACUGACGACUCUGAACCGAGGCAAGUGAAAGUGCUAGGGAACAUAACCUCGAACCGUUAAGAUGGAAUUUUCGUGGCUAGUUAUCUGAUUGUUGCAAAAAUAAGAACAAUCUCCUCUUGGGAUUGGCCGACGAUACCGCAAUUUCACGUGAAUUAUUUCCAUUCAGACACUGGACCUUCCGAGAACUCACGCCUCUUACCACCGCUGAUGCUCCAAUAUUGAAGAGGUCCUAUUAUAAAUAAAAAAGAAUAUGGAGAUCUGCAAAGAAGGAGGCGACAGAUCUAGCUAUGAACCCCACAGACAAUUGAAAAAAUCGUGGUCUGAAUUGCGAGGGGUUGUCAGUGAGUUUCGAAGACGUCUGUCAGGUGCGUCUGAUGGGUCUGUUCCGGAUGCUGUCACAUUCAGAUCGUUACCAGAUGGCCGAAUCAGAAUAUAUUUCUUGGGAACUCCAAGUAACGGUUGGGAGACGACUCUGCUGUAUGUCGAUGUCGGACAGUCUGAUCAUGUGAAGGGAUGUAAAUUACACUGGCAACCAAUUAUCGAAGCUAAUUUUCAAAGUGUAUCAAGUGCUAAUAGACUGUCAAGGGAGGAGCAACUGCUCUGGGAGAGGAAAAGACUGACAACAUGGGGAAUCACGAGUUACGAACUCCACCAAGAGAGUGGCGAACUGGUAUUUCCAGCAGCAAGUAGCCUCUACCAGUGUGUGGACACUGGUUUUGGUUCAGGUCCACUAUUUCCCUCUGAACUGAGGAUCUCCACACCAGGUGCAAAACUCUGCCCCCAAAUAUGCCCCUGGAAUGGAUCUCUAGUUGCUUACACCUGUGCUGGUGACAUUCACCUGUCCCACCUGAUCACAGGCUGCUCAGUGAGACUGACUCAUGCCAGGAAAGGUGGUAGAAGUCUCGCUGAGGAUCCUCUCACAGCUGGAACCCCCUCCUACGUAAUGCAGGAGGAAUUCACGCGAUACAAUGGCUUCUGGUGGCAGCCAAAAUCCACAGAUGGUGUCUAUCGUAUCGUCUACGAGGAGGUGGACGAGAGUGACGUGAAGAUUUUUUGUUUUCCCUCUUCCACUCUCAACUCUGGUGAAGUUGAUGAGUUUAGAUUUCCACGUGCUGGCGCGUUGAAUGCUAAGAGUAACUUGAAAAUGGUGCAGUUUCGAUUGACAGAGACACUUCAAAUAGUUGAUAUUGAAAUUCUAGAGCUUCAGUAUCCUCUUCACAUAAUGUUCCCCUGGAUGGAGUACCUGGUGAGGGUUGGCUGGACCCCAGAUGCUCAGUAUGUCUGGGUCCAGUUGUUAGACAGAAAACAGCAGAGACUGGAGUUGGUACUACUGUCAGUCGACAAUUUCUGCGAGCCUCCACCCAACAUCUACAACUCUGAGAAUCACUUCACACCUUCUUCAGCGAGUGUUCAAGUGAUUUAUUCUGAGCAGAGCUCGAUAUGGAUCAAUGUCAACGAUCUCCUGUACUUUCUGCCUUCUGACGAUCCGAAGGAAGUCAAGUUCAUUUGGGGGAGUGAAGAGUCUAAAUUCAUGCAUUUGUAUCUGAUCACUUCGAGUAUAGCUGGCCUAAGCAAUGGGGUGGAGGAACCACUGGACAGGAUGGACAGUGUAUACCUGCAGCCUCGGAUUAUCUCGAAAAUGGCCAUAACGCAGGGCGAGUGGCCGGUUCUGGGGAGGAAACUUUGGGUCGAUGAGUCACAUGGCAUUGUCUAUUUCACUGGGUUGCGAGAGGGUCCACUGGAGCAGCAUGCUUAUGCCGUUUCCUUGGGGAGACCACUCGAGAUAAGACUUCUGACGAGACCAGGACACAGUUACAAUAGCAUUUAUCUGAAUAAACAGUGCACGAUGAUGGUGACUGUUUAUAGUUCUAUUAAAACUCUACCAACUUGCCAGGUUUUCAGAUUAUCACAAACAGACUGGAGCGUCGAGAGCAUAAGUUUAACUCCAGUGGGAUAUUUACUGGAGCCCACGAUCUCAGAAAUCGAACUGUUAGCCCCAUCAAUUUACGCGCACAAGAUAUCGUCAGGGGACACGAUAUACUCAAUGGUCUUCAAGCCCCAUGAUUUCCAGCCUGGCCAGAGGUAUCCCACGAUACUUCAGGUUUACGGUGGACCAGAGGUUCAACUAGUUUCGAAUACUUUCAAAGGAAUGCGACACUUGAGAAUGCACAUGCUGGCAUCCCAGGGUUACUGUGUGGUCCUCAUAGAUUCCCGUGGGUCCCACUAUCGAGGUCUUGUAUUCGAGAGUCACAUAAGGAGAAGAAUGGGUCUCGUAGAGUUGAGUGAUCAAGUGGAAGUGCUCAAGCUGUUGGCUGACAAGCUUGGAUACAUAGAUUUGAAUCGAGUAGCUCUUCACGGAUGGUCCUAUGGUGGUUAUUUGAGUCUCAUGGGGCUUAUUCAGUAUCCCGAAGUGUUCAAAUUGGCAAUUGCUGGAGCUCCAGUGACAUGUUGGAACCUCUACGACACCGGAUACACCGAGAGAUACAUGGAUUUACCCCGUGACAAUUACCACGGCUACAUGAACAGCUCAGUGAUAACGUACGCCAGUAAAUUCCCAGACGAGGAGAAUCGCCUGCUCAUAAUCCACGGCCAGAUGGACGAGAAUGUUCACUUCUUCCAUACCAGUGAGCUCAUAAAUGCACUCGUCAAAAGUGGAAAGCCAUACCAACUCCAAGUAUAUCCCACCGAGAGACACAGUCUGCGUAGUUUGGACGCAACCAGGCAUUACGAAACAACACUCCUCUCGUUUCUCCAGAAUCAUCUGUGAUUCGGGUGAGGUGUAUUUUCAAUGCGAAUUUUUAGGGAGAAAACGAAGAAUUGCAAAGCAACUGCCACUCCAUCUUUUUAUGUACAUAAAUAAGAAACUCAACAUUUUUCGCUUUUUUUUUCUCAUCUUCAACUUCUUCCAUUACUGAAUUUCAUAUUUUGUCCGUUCGUCUGUACACAGGGAGUUGAAUAAUCUAUCGUCGACAGUAUUAAUCAAGAGAAACAACUAUCGAGACUUUUGUUGCCAUAAUAAUUAUUAAAGUAACUUUUGAAUGAAAAAUAAUAACCGGUCGGAGGUUUGAUCAGUCUGACGUUAAGACACAUACAAAUACUGAGUGAAAAUACUUCGCACGAUGAGUGAUUUAAACGCGAGGUUUAUACUUGAAUGGAUUCUAGAGCUAGAAAUUGAAAAAUGGUGAAAUUCAGUCAUAUCGUUUUAUCAGUCGACAAUACUCACCAUGCGUAAUUGUUUGUGGUUUCUCCUUUUUAUUUUAAAAAAAUGUAACGUGAAUCGUACUUAUUGUCCCCCGACAACUCGCGUUUCCCAAGUUAUUUCAUUUUCUUUUUUAUACCCAUGUGUUUUCAUUCUAAUUCUUUUUUUUUAAUGAGACGAUAAUAAUUGGUCAUGUACAUACUAUCUCGAUCGACCUUGAUCUUUCAUGAUGAAGAAAUUGAAAUCACAAAGUGAAUGAAUCAAGCAAAAUGAUAGGCGCGAGUAUUAGUGUAAUGCAGGUAUUUGCGAAUUGUCAUCAUUGUGAAACAAUAUGCAUUCAUUGAAUUAUGAUUUAAUUGUCAAUAAAUAAUAAAUUCACUAUUUUAUAGA